AUGACGACAAAUCUCGACAAACCUCUUUGUAGGAUAUGUAACAAAGCAAGAGGCGUUUUUAAAUGUGAUGGAUGUUCAGAUUAUUUCUGUUUCCAACAUACGGGAAAUCAUCGUCAGCAUGUUAUCAAACAAUUGGAUCAUGUAGAAGAGAUUCAUAAUCUUGUUCAAGAAAGCCUAGCUCAGCAAUCGGCCGAGCCACGACAAGAUGUACAAGCUUUGCAAGAUGAAUUGAUGAAAAAGAUUGACAUGUGGGAACACGACUCAAUUGCCAAAAUUAAAAAAGUGGCCGAAGAAACUAGAAACGAACUAAUUCAGCAUACAACAGGAUAUUUGGCUCAUAAAAAGCUCGAAUUAGAUAAGUUGACUAAUGAACUUUGUCUAGCUCGACAAAACAUUGAUUUUAUUGAGAGUGACGUUCGUGAAUGGAUGAAUAAACUCAAUAAAAUGAAGGCAGAAAUUACCAAUCCAGUAAAGAUUGCAGUUCGAGAAGCUGGUGUACCACUGGUUACCAAGAUGCAUAUCGAUGUUUUCGAGUCGUUUGAUCUGUUUGAACGUACGUCUGGCAAAGCUGUAUUUGAAGACAAUGGCAAAGUUGCUGUCGUGCAGGAUGGUCUUGAGAAUUAUGUCGAAGUACGUGGGAAAAGUGAGUAUACAACUGGAAAACGUAUAUUAUCGUUAAAGAUCGAAAAAUUAAGUGGCUGGAUUUUAUUUGGUAUAAUUUCGAAGUUGACUCCGUUGCAAGAACAUUCCUAUAGUUCACCAUCAUGUUAUGGUUGGUAUAACGGUGAUCAUUUUGUGUAUCGCAAUGGGGAAAACGUAGGUGGACAAGGCCACGACGCCAUUGAGAACGAUAUCAUCCAGUUUUCCAUUAAUUGCGACCAACGACUAAUUCGUUUGACGAACGAACGUACGAAUCGUACACUCGAACUCUCUGUAGACAUUGACAAAUGCCCAUUUCCAUGGCAGUUUCAUCUCAAUCUAAAUUUAGUACCCACUCGCAUUCGUAUUCUUUCUUGA